GGACAGUAUAGAUACGAUCGCCGUACUCGUUCGAGCGUUCGACGUGCGAGAAAACGGAAUAAGAGAGCAAGAAGAGGAAUUCGCGAGGAAGCGCGAGAAGUGAAGAUCGGUCUCAAGUGCACUCGUCUCGUCCGGAAGAUCCGCAAGAAUUAUUAACGUCAACCAUGUUCAAACUCGCGAUAUUCAGCGCUCUCUUCGUGGUGUCGACCUUCGCUGCACCGAUGUCGGACGACGCGGCCGCAGCGCCGUCACCCUCGCUCUUUGAGGAAGCCUACAACUUAUACGCUUCUUGUUCCGGAGAAUCGAGCAUGGCGGUGUGUCUCAAACUGAAGGCUCUGAGUUACGUCGACCGAGUCGCUCGCUCGGCCGACAUCGAAGUCAUUGACGGUUUCAAGAUUGUGCAGACCGAGGAGGCCAAGAACAGCCAAGCUGAUGCAAGAUCUCUCAAUGAUAUUGAAAGUACCUUACCUGCUGAGGCCGACGCCAAAGAGACAGCAAUCGACCAGGCUCUUGUCGAUAGAGCUGCCAAGUUCUUGUCCACGCACACCGUUGAGUUGAGUCUUCCCGAGGACGUCUCUCGCUCCUUCGAUGAAGCUCGCGGUAAAAAGAAGAAGAUCGUCAAAUCCCUGCUGCCCAUUCUUCUGCUUCUGAAACUGAAGGCCGCCGCUCUUAUUCCAAUCGCUCUCGGUGCCUUGGCUCUGAUCGCGUUCAAGGCCCUCGUCAUUGGCAAAAUCGCUCUCAUCAUCAGCUUGAUCAUCGGUCUGCAGAAACUUCUUGCUCACAAACACACAAGCUACGACGUCGUCGCUCACCCCGUUCACGACUACGGACACGACGUUCACCAUGACCACCACGGCUGGGCGAGAUCGGCGGUAGCUUCUGAUCUCGCGUAUAAAGCGUACAAACCCUCUCAAUAGCUCAAUGUCGUGUACAACCUCUCUUUCUUCUAACUUUCUACCUUUAUUCGCCAAAGUGAUUGUCCCUAACCCGGCGAUCACCUGAGGGCGGCGUGGCUCGGCUUCUCAGGGAUCCAAGCAAGUUCAGCUCAACAACAAAGACGCCGAUGCGAACGAUCGGACUGAUCGAAUUCUACGCGGACAAAUGACUGUUAGACGUAGUAGACAACGAGCUCUGGAUUUUUGUAAAAAAAAAAAAAAAAAAAA